CUUUUCAUUCAGUAGUAUUCAAGCAGCCGUCGAGUUUCAGGGAGCGAUUCAUGCCGUUUUCAGGCGCGUGUUUCGUGUAAUUUAAAAGCUCGCAGCAUGUCAUCAUCCUCCCGCGAAAUGCCGAAAAUCGAGUGAGCCAAGAUGCGCGUUUCCAAUUUUUUCCUCAUCCUGCUAGUGAAUCUGGGGGAAAUUUGCGUGGCUAUCCUCAAUUCCGGCCCGAGUUACCGGAACGGGGGCGACAUUCUGCCCAGAUUCGCCUCUCAGCCCAACACCUUCAGCGCCGUGAUCGGCGACACCAUCGUGCUGCCAUGCGAGGUGCAGAAUCUGGGUUCGUUCGUUAUAGUGUGGAAACGAGGCAUCACUCUGCUAACGGCCGGACAACAAAAAAUCACAGCCGAUCCCAGAAUAUCACUAGUGGGAUAUAAUCUGGAAGUGAGGGAUAUCAGGUACUCGGAUCAGGGAGACUACACGUGCCAGAUUGGCGACGGCUCGCACGGGGACCUCAUUCACACUGUUGAGAUACUCAUGCCUCCGAGUAUACAAAUUUUUCCGAACAAUGGGGACGUUCUGACCACCCGGAAGGGGGCGACGGUGUCGUUCGAGUGCCGCGCCAGCGGGAACCCAACACCGGUGGUCCAGUGGUCGAAAAAAGAAGGUCUGCUACCGUCUGGGUUACAAGUCCAAACAGGGUAUCUCUUAUCACUAACCAACGUCCAACGCGAAGAUGCGGGCGCUUAUCAGUGCACGGCUUCCAACGGUAUAGGGCAGGCGGUCACUGGAGAAAUCAAGCUCCACGUCCUUUUUCCGCCGGAAAUUACCGUCGCCAAGUCGUGGGUGAACUCCGGGGAAGGCCUGGAGGCCCGAUUGGACUGCGUCGUCCAAGCGGACCCCCCCGGAGAGGUUUCUUGGUACCAAAAUUCCUUCCCUUUGCAACAAACCGAUCGGAGAAUCAUGUCAAGUAAAGGCAAAAUCUACACUCUGACAAUAAAAAAUGUCCAGUUCUCCGAUUUCGGGAAUUACAGUUGUACGGUGCACAAUUCGAUCGGAAAAGACCGGAAAUAUAUCGAAUUGACCGGAAAGCCCGGACCGGCACGUAUCAUAAGUCCGGCGUAUUCGAACCCGGAUUAUUACGACUUGAGAUGGGUAGUGCAGUCGGUGCUGCCAAUCAUUGAAGUGAAAAUUCUCUACCGACGAAUCAAUGCAACGACUUUUUACGACCAUAAAGGCCAGUGGCACGAUCUAGUUAUAAAGCCGGAGCAAAAGUACGAUGCGAAAACCAGUGAGAGGUUGCAGAGCUUUCGCAUAACGAAUUUAGUGCCAGAUUCGUUGUACGAAUGUCUGAUUUUGACCAAAAACCAGCAUGGGUACAGUGACGUCUCGGAUGUCCAUCAGUGGUUCAGUUCGGACAAAGGACGACCGUUCGUUGGGUCAACAGGACAAAUUCAUUGCUUGGGAAUUGCAGUAAUGAUAUUGUUGCAAAUCCCCAACGUUUUAUUGUAGAUAGUUACGUAAUGUUUUUAUAUUGUACAAAAUUUCUUCAAAUAAAAGUUACAAUAAUUUAAUCAAA